AUGUAUUAUUUGUAACAACAACUCCGUCUUUCUUCCAAUAAUGAAUCGACAACUAUGAACAUUCUACUGGAUCUGCUGUGUUUGUGUCUUCUGUGUCUGACCGGGAAAACACUUUGUGAUGAAAACGGACCAAAAAACAUCAAAGUGGAAGGAGGGACUGAUGUCAUGUUACCCUGUUCUCUCAGCACCAAGGAGAACAUUGAGUCUAAACUCUUUGACUGGAGGAAAGUUGCUCAGAAAGAUGAUGGUCAGAAGAAGGUGUUCCUGUAUGAUGGAGGCAGUCAUUACAACAACGGUCUAGAUGGUCAGAGUGAAGAGUUCAAAGGUCGAGUCUCUCAUUUUCAAGAUGAACUGAAACACGGCAACGCCUCCAUAAUCAUCAGAAAUACAAAGAUAUCUGACAGUGGAGAAUACACCUGUUAUUUUCCUUGUCAUCGGCCACCUCAAAUAUUCUACAUUGAGCUUGUUGUUGAGCCAAAAGUCAUCAUAGUGAAAGAAGACAGUGAUGUUGUGUUACCCUGUUCCCUCAGCACCAAGGAGAACAUUACUUCAAAACAGUUUGACUGGAAGAAAGUUGCUCAGAAAGAUGACUGUCAGAAGGAGGUGUUCUAUUAUAAUGGAGGCAGCAAUAAUAACAAAAACUGCUUUCCAGGUCAAGUCUCACAUUUUCCAGAUGAACUGAAACAUGGCAAUGCCUCUAUAAUCAUCAGAAAUACGAAGGUAUCUGACAGUGGAGUCUACACCUGUGAUUUUCCAAAACUUCAGCCACCUCAAACAUUCCACAUUGAGCUUGUUGUUGUUGAGCCAAAAGUCAUCACAGUGGAAGAAGGCAGUGAUGUUACUUUACCCUGUUCCCUCUGGACCAAGAAGGACAUUCGGUUAACAGUAUUUUUCUGGCUGAAAGUUUCUCAGACAACUGAUGAUCUAAAGACUGUGUUCCUGUAUGAUAAUGGUGAUCUUUACAGUGACGAGCGUCCAGGUCAGAGUGAGCAGUUCAAAGGUCGAGUCUCACAUUUUCCAGAUGAACUGAAACAAGGCAACGCCUCCAUAAUCAUCAGAAAUAUGACGAGGGCUGACAGUGGAGUCUACAGAUGUUAUUUUCCAUUCAUUAAGAAACAUCGAGAAUUCUACAUUAAGCUUGUUGUUGCUUCAGCUCAGGGGAAGGAACUUCAUCCAUUAAUCUAAUGGAGCGUCAUUCACUAAUGAUGGCAUGAUGCUUUGAUAAUGUCUGUGUUGCUAGAAACAUUUAUUUAGUCUUCAGUUAUUUUAUGCUUGUGUUAUAUCACAAUGUAUAGGCUCAUUGAUUUAGUCUUGCAGUUCUAGUUGAUUGUGUAACUGUGUGUAAGACUUGUACAGUAUUCCUGUUCCAGAGGUGUGUAGAGCAGAGAGGACCAGGUCAACAUGAUGAUGCUCUUAGAAGUCUUGUCGUCUUGUAUUCACACCUUUUUCUGUGAUUGUGUGAAAUAUUGUGUAAAAAAAGGGUCACUUAAUAUAAUUUUUUUGUUUUAUUACAGUUGUUUGCUCUUGAGACAAUCAUUUCUUGCUUCUGUAUUUAGAAGAAUAGUAAAGGCUGAGAUGUGGUAUUGAUCUUAUCUAACUCAGUGAGAAAGUGAAUAAAGUGCCCUGGUGGGUCACCGGGUAGAGCCGGUACUUUAGGCUGAGUCCUCACCACAGUGACUUUGGUUUGAGUCCACCACAGGGCCCUUUGCUUCAUGUCAUCUCCUGUCUUUCCUGACGGUCUCUAUCACUAUCUUUUAGAAGCAGAUACGCUGAAGAAAAAAGUAUUUAGAAAAAACCCUCUGUACAGUACACUUUACUAUGUUCUUGCACUAUUUAUGUUAAUCGAUAAUAUAGUGCCUUUUAUCAUUUCAAUUUAAAUGUAUUCAAAUUACUAUUUAAAAUCUUGAAUAAAACGUCAGUUUUUGACAUUA